AUGAAGUGUGCCACUCUUUUUGGCGCUCUCUGCAUCUACUCCUUCCAAGCUCUUGUGUUGGCAUCGCCUACCCCAUCUCCCCUCGAUGGAUACGACCUCUUCAUACCCUCAUGGGAAGUCCAGGUCACCCCUGGUAGCGAGCCCCUCAUUCUCAAUGGAACAGUCGAAGAAGUGCACACCGAGUUGCUCCGACUGAACCCAAACUGGGAUGAAGACUUCGCGGACACAGAAGACGAGACACUGGUUGAACGUAACUUCGACCUCGAGAAACGCACCGAUUUUGCCGACUCAAAGUACAACUGCUUUGGUCGCUGGGGUCGGUGUAACAGCAUAACUAUACGCCAGGGCAUCACUUACCUCCGCAAGCUCAGCGGAAAUCCACGAGCCGCCGCUGGCCCAAGCAAGUGUGCUCGAAGCAAGAGUAAAAAGACGUUGAAUUCGUUUGGUAGCAUUGCUGAUGGUGCCAAAUAUAUUGACACCAAGUGCCAUCUUGGGGAGGGGAUCUCAAGGUAUACCGCUGGGCAGGUCUUCCACAAGACUAACUGGAAUGUGAUUGUUCAGGAGGACAAAUGCUGA